AUGGCACAGAGCGACGCAGCAUACAUAGACUACGACACAUUUCUGGAUCCGGACUUCAGUGCAGCAUCAUUUGCAAAUACCCUGGUCACCAACACCAACAACAUCAAUGACACGCAGGUAGACUUGUCCACACCGCUAUCCCGCGUUCUAUUCGACGUGCAAGAGAUAGACACUCACAUCCACAACCUAACCACUAAAUCUGCCCUGCCGCUCUUGGAAUAUACCCAGGACCGCGCAAAGUCUAGUCAGCACAUCCUCUCAGAAGUCGAGGAGCAGGUCUUGUCUCUUGCAGAUGGCUACCAGCAUCUGGAGAGGGAGGUUCUCCGCAAAUGGGCCGGGGCCGAAGAAGCCAGGGUAGCGGCGCAGAAUUCGUGGGCGACCCUGCGCCUGGCUCGUGCCGUGGCUCGAUGUAUCAGUCUGGGCAGACAGCUGGAGGGCCAGAUUGCCGAGGUGACAGGCCGGGCAGGCGGGAAAGAUGAUCAUCGAGCCAUGGUUCGUGCCGCGACGACCAUCCUCAUGCUGCGACAGAUGUUUUCCGCUAUCGGGGAGGGAGAGGAAGGCCAGGGCUUGGAUAGGGUGAAGGUCAUUCGAACGCUGCGAAGCGAUUUGGUCAUCCCCGCGGAGAACACCACCAAGGCUAGGGCGCAGCAAGUCAUUAACCGAUUUUCCGUGUCGUCGUUGCUCGUUGAUAACUCUAUUAGCACAGCGACGGGCAAUGGAGCCCAGUCACCGCCUCCAGCAUCUUCUACAUAUGCACAGACGGAGGAAACAAAGUCAAGGCUCUUCUCUGCCAUUACGACACUGUAUCUGCUCUCCCCGACUCCGAAGGCUGGGGUUCGAGCGGUAGACUUUCAGCCAGAACUCCUUCUAUCUACGUUACAAGGAUAUAUUCACAAUUCCUUAACCUCGUCUCUAUCCUCACUAAUACGUGGGCUCGCAACGCUACCAACUCUGGAUCGCGCGCUGCUUGAAGUCUCCAGCCGAUGCCAGGACCUAGCUGCGCUAGAGAGUCUACUAGGCGGCCUGAAACGACCGUCUCAUCCAUUGAUAACGACAUCUUCUAACCCUCGCCCGGAAAGCGAGACGGAAUCAGAAGAAGGCAAAACGCUCCUACAACCUGUACUACAAGUAUUAGACACAUCCUCCCUGCCAUCCUACUACUGGCGCUCCUUGGCGUCGUCGCUGCCGGCUCGCGUACAGGAUAUCCUCAACCGGGGUGGAGCUGCGGCGCGCACGCUGCGCUCCAACCGCGACAGAUUGCGGGGUGAUCUUCGCGACUGCGUGCUGCGAGGUUCCCGGUUACCGUCCAGUAUUGGCAAGGGUCACAACGGCAAAGGCAGAACGACGGUUGUUGUUGGGAAUUGGGAGCGAGAAGCGGCGGUGAUGGUCAGUUCGGUGGUUGGUGCAUUGAGCAGAUAG